AUGCCUCUCAAACGAUUCUUUCCGCACGCGCGCAUCGCGGCGUCGUCAUCACCAAUCAGCUCCUGCCGCGCGGUGGCCGAUCAAGCCCCUCCCGUCACGCACCCGCGCAGCCCCCGAGACGCGGGCCUCGUGGCGUUUCUUCUGAGGCGAGAUGGCGACUCCGGCGACGAUUGCGCCCCUGGCGACGAGGAGGAGGAACGCCGGCUACAAGACUCGGACACGACGCCAACUUCAGAUCGAAGCUCCGCCUCCCAGCGAGGGGAGUCCCUCGGCGGUGCCGACGGCGUCAGUGCCGAGCCCGACGGCGCGGGCGAUGGCAGCGGUCCGCCGCUCCACGCGGCGGUGGGCGCUGCGGUGAGCGCAGCCAAGGACGAGGUGGCGGAGAGAGUGCGCGCGCUGCUGCUGCUGUCGCGCGCGGGAGAUGACUCCCCGCGGACGACGAUUGACGAGUCAUUUCCCUUGGUUGACGAUUCUGCAAUCCGCGAUUCCCACUCGCGAGACGUUGAACCCGCGGGGCCGCCUCCGACACCAGUACUGACCGUUGGGUCCCUGGCCGCGCCCGUUGCGCCUCCGCUUGAGGGAGAGGCGGAAAUUGCAGCGGGGGAGUGGCAGGACGAAGAAGGCGCGGCGGAUGCAGAGGAGGAGACGGAGGCGGAGGGGGAGUGGGGCCCGCGCGUGUACAUGCGCGGAUUCAUGUCGCUCUGGCGGGGGAUGCGGGGCGAGCUGAAGCAAGACGCGCGCGCGAGGGAGGAGCGGAGACAAGGAGAGGGGGAGGGACGGGUUGAGGAGAAUAUUAAGGGGAAGGAGAAGGAGGAGGGUUUGGCAGGGAUGGUGGAACCAAUCAAAGUAGAUGCUGAAGAGGCAACACAGGGGGCGGCGGCAGAGGUGGUAACAGGGGUGGGCGACGGAAGCAAGGAGGAAAGCGUGGUCGCAGAGAGUUUCGAAGGAGGAGAGAGCAAGAAGCCUGCACGGGCCAGUGCAUGGGCGCUGGGAAUGUUGAAGGACUGGAGGCGGCAGCAGAGGCAGGAGGAGCAAGCUCAGCCACAAAAGCAAAGCGACGGUAAACCCGUUCUGCUGACCGCGGAAGAAGCUACUACUGCUGAACAAGCUACCAGCAGCGCUCCAGCAGCAGCGCCCGUUCAGAGCCAAGGGGCGGAGCUGAAAGGGCCGCUGCUGCAGGAGUUGAAGGUGGAAGAAGGAAAGCUGGGAAUGCGUGAAGCAGGCACGGAGGAUGUGAUCGGCUUGGCCGCUUCUGGCGUGGGGUUGCCGGGCGGCCGAGCAGGAGCAGCCACGGAUGCCGGGGGAAAGCAAGCAGCGAGAAAAGCUGUUUCGUGCAACACGUGCAACUCGUGCAAAGCGUUUGCUGCCACGGCUGCUGGUGCUGCUGGUGCAACAAGCGAGAUUAAUGCAGAGGGAACGGCGCCAGCAGCAGCAGCAGCAGCAGCAGGUAAAGGAGCCAUGUGGGUGCAGCAUACAGCGGACUCGCUGCGUCCGUUCCUGCAGCCGGCGUCAGGAGAGGAGCUGUGGCGCGUGUCGCUGCUCGCAUGGCUGUGCGAGAAGGCCUACAGCAUCCCCCGCCUUGAUACCAAGCAGCUGCAUCGCCGCUUCGGCCUCACCCUCGUCACCUCCUCGCACCUCCUCGCCGCUGCUCAGGCCGAAGCUGCUGCCGCUGCAGCUGCCGCUGCCAGCCUCGCCAAGCAGAAGGCUAAGGCCGCCAGAGCAGCAGCAGCAGCAGCAGCAGCGGCAGCACCAGCAGCCGCACCACCCACAGCAACAUCACCUCCAGCAGCAGCAGCAGCAGCAGAGAGUACAAGUCCGGUUUCAGUGUCACAUCCAAUGGCGGCGCUCCCUGCUGGGCCGUCCAUGGAGCAUGCUCUGCUCCCUGCUCCUGCCAUCCACGCGGCUCUUCCUCCCCCUCACCACUCCCCUGCUCCCUCUCCCUCAGCAGCAUCAGUAGCUCUAGCACCACCCGCCGCAGCAGGGAGCAAGACCGCAGCAGCAGCAGCAGCAGCAGGAUCAGAGGGGGAGGACGCAGGGAGCGGGCAGAGCCCGUGUGCGUGGUACAUAUGCGACGAUGAGGCGACCAACACGCGGUACAUAGUCAUCCAGGGUUCUGAGUCCGUGGCCUCCUGGCAGGCUAACCUCAGCUUUGACCCUGUGCCCUUUGAAGACGCGGCUCUAGGCGUGCUGGUGCACAGAGGGAUUUACACCGCUGCUAAGGCUCUUGACUUGCACGCGCACCGGUCCCGGCCGCAUCCACCCAGGGUCCAGUUCACAGGGCAUUCCCUGGGCGGCAGUCUAGCUGCGCUUCUCUCCCUCCUGCUGCACCUCCGCGGGGAGGCCUCCCCGCACCACCUCCUCCCCGUCGCCCUCUUCGGUUCCCCGUCCAUCAUGUGCGGUGGAGACCGGUUGCUAGGUUUGCUGGGCCUGGAGCCUGAAGAGGCGAUGUGGAAUGUGGUGAUGGCUCGGGACUUAGUCCCUCGGGCGUUCACGUGUGAGUAUCCCUCACAUAUCACGGAGGUUCUAAGGCGUGUGAGUGGGGCUUUAAGGAAGCACCCCUGCUUGCUGUCUCAGAGGCUUGUGUAUGCUCCCAUGGGGCAUAUGAUGGUGCUGCAGCCCGAUCCUGCCAAGGCCCCUCCGCACCCCCUGCUGCCGCCUGGCACCGCUCUGUACCACUUGGCACACCCGAGUGCGCCGAUACAGGCCCGCCUUGAGCUGCGAGCAGCCCAGCUGGCCUUCCUCAACAACCCACAUCCGCUCGAAACCCUCUCCGACCCAGCUGCGUACGGCACAGAGGGCACCAUAAGCCGCGACCAUGACCCCCGCAACUACACUGGCACCUUGACCAGCCUCGCUCUACAGGCUGUGCGGCGGGUUCGGCAGCAGCGUAGAGAGCGGGAGCAGGAAGAGACCCGGAGGGCGAAGGAGCUGGCGGAAAGGCAGCAGAUGGCAGUAUUUCAGCAGCAGCAGCGGCGGCUGCGGCAGCAGCUGAUGCAGCUGGUGCCAAGAAGGAGGCGGUUGGUAUCAAAGAAGAGAGUAGCGAAGCAGAAGAGGGGGGGGAAGCAGGAUGCGGUGGCUUCUGCGUCUGCUUUGGCGGCUGCUGCUGCUGCUGCCUCGGCGUUUCUUGCAACAGAUGCUGGCAAGGGGAGGUUUGGGCCCAGGAACAGUUUGGGUUCCACUUCUCCCAUCUUCUCUUCUGCUGAUUCCGCAUCUGAUUUCUUCUCCUCUGCACGCUCCUUGCCUCAGGGGGCGGUUACUGUGAGGUUUGUUGCUGCAGCGGUCGCAGCAGCAGCUGCUGCCGCUGCUGCUGGUGACAGCGCUGCCAAGGGAAGAACAGGUUCUAAGGGGGUGGUGCUACUGCUCCUCGUUGCUGCGGCUGGUGACUUUUGA